UUUCACGGUCAGCCUUCCUAGUUGACCGCCGGCCUCUCUCUCUAUUUUCCCGCAAAAUUGGAAUCGUAUAAAACCCGAAAACGUGAAAAAUCAAAUCCAUUUCACCAAACUAACGCUCUCUCUCUCAAACGCCGAGUGUGUUAGUUAACGCGUCCAUUCUUCUUACGGCUGGUGAUUUUUUGAAGCUUUGGAAUUUGGAGGAUCGUCGUCAGCUCGCUGUCAGUGAUCGCGGAAACGGCGUUGUUGAGAGGGACAGGGAUGCUAGGGGGGCCGGGGCCGACGUCGGUGGUCGUCGACGAAGGAGCAAUUGCGAGGCCGUUCUGGAUCAAGUUCCGAAGCGACUCCGUCUUGGCUCUCUACUCGCCCUUCGUCCUUUGCUUGGCGUCCGGUGACCUGAACUCCAACGCUUUCCUCCAUUUUGUCUCCCAGGACGUCCACUUUCUCAAAGCCUUCGCUCUGGCGUAUGAGCUGGCGGAGGAUUGCGCGGACGAUGAUGACGACAAAAGCGGAAUACGUGACUUGAGGAAACGCGUCGUGCAGAGGCUUAAAUCGCACGAUACUCUUGUUCGAGAAUGGGGCUUUGAACUCCCAGAUGAGAAAGUUUCCAGCGAUGCAACAGUCAAAUACACAGAUUUCUUACUGGCAGCAGCCUCUGGGAGAGUUCAAGGAGAAAAUGUUCCUGGUAAAAUUGCAACUCCUUUUGAGAGAACAAAAGUUGCUGCUUAUAUUCUUGGCGCUAUUGCACCAUGCAUGAGGCUCUAUUCCUCUAUAAGUAGAGAGAUACAAGCUGUUCUAGUUCCAGCUGAUAACAGUCACAUUUACAAGAAAUGGGUGGACAGUUAUUCUUCGGAAACUUUUGAGGAAUUUGCUUUGCAAGUCGAAGACAUGGUGGAUAAACUUAGCAUUUCGUUGACAGGGGAAGAGCUUAAAGUCAUAGAGAAGCUUUAUUAUCAAGCUAUUAAACUUGAAGUAGAGUUUUUUGCUACUCAACCAAUCUCUCUGCAAACCAUAGUUCCUUUGGCUCGUGUGCUUGACCCUGCAGAACGUCGUCUUACCAUAUUUUGUGACUUUGACUUAACAUGCACUGCUUUUGAUUCCUCUGCUAUAUUAGCAGAGAUUGCAAUUAUAACAGCACCAAAGGCCAACUCAGAUGGAUCCGAAACCCAACUUGCUCGUAUGUCAUCAGCUGACCUGAGGAGCACAUGGGGUGUUCUUUCCACCCAGUAUACCGAGGAGUUUGAACAAUGCAUAGAGAGUAUCAUGGAUAGCAGAAAAGUGGAAAACUUCAACUAUGAAGGUUUGAAGAAAGCCCUUGAACAAGUUGCGGAGUUUGAGAAAAGAGCAAAUACAAGGGUGGUUAAUUCAGGAGUACUGAAAGGUUUACAUCUAGAGGACAUAAAACGGGCUGGGCAGCGUCUCAUUCUUCAGGAAGGUUGUAGAGGAUUCUUUCAGAAGAUUGUGAAAAAUGAUACUCUGAAAACUCUAGUUCACGUGCUUUCAUACAGUUGGUGUGGUGAUCUCAUUAGGUCAGCUUUUUCAUCAGGGGAUCUAGACGAGUUAAAAGUACAUGCAAACGAGCUUACUUAUGAAGAAUCUGUGACUACGGGUGACAUUGUUAUGAAGGUGGAGUCUCCCAUGGAAAAGCUUCAAGACUUCAAUGAUAUCCUAAAUGAGUGCAACAGCAGCGGCAAGCACUUGACAGUUUACAUCGGAGGUUCAGUGGGGGACUUGCUUUGCCUUCUUCAAGCAGAUAUAGGUAUUGUAAUUGGUUCAAGUUCAAGCUUAAGGAGGCUGGGAGAUCAUUUUGGUGUCUCUUUUGUUCCAUUAUUCUCUGGUUUGGUGAAGAAGCAGAGAGAACUUGUCAAAGAUGGCUCGUGUAAUUGGAAAGGGCUAUCUGGCAUUCUUUACACUGUCUCGAGUUGGGCUGAGAUACAUGCUUUCAUUUUGGGAUCGGUCUGCCACCCAGAAAUAUACAGAAGUGUGACUAGAGUUGAAAAGAAAAAUUAUAGUGAUGCUAGGUAUAGUCAAAUUACGCAAACAGUCUCUCUAUUCAAUUCAUUAAUCAAAUGUAUUCAUGUUCAGCUUUUCUUCAAUAUUUUUUUUUUCAUUGUUGUAUCUGACUUUGAAGUUUCAAACUUGUCCAUCAAUCAUGAUAAAGAUUUCAGUGGCAACUUUGUCGGAAGCAGAGUAAGAGAUCAUCUGUCAAUAUUUGUGCUAAUAUUUCUGAGUGUGUCUAAAUUUUGAAGCUCCUCUACCCCUCAAUAAUUGCAUAUAUUUAUGUGAGAUGUGUAAACUGGCUGGCAUGUAUCAAGAUUACUGGUACUGCUCUCUGUAACUUGGGUGAUGUCAAUGGCAAUUUCAGAUUCCUCUUUAUUUGAGAUGCCUCGAAAAAAGAUCGCCUAAUUAACAGUCGUUUCGAGAUUAGGAUGAGCUCUCUGUUUUCUUAGCCCAUAACAUACAGAUCCAUUUCUGAUACUCUUCGGCCCAAGAUAUUUUAACAUAAUGAGACCAGAAAAUCUUCAAUUUCUUUGGGCCUUAAGCCCACCAAAACCAAAAUAAAUGAGAUUUUAUUAUUAUUAUUAUUAUUUUAAAAGAAGUAUUGGUCAGAUUUGUCGUCUCUUUAAGGUAGGUCCGAGAUGUAUGAGUGGGGUCCAAAAUUGGAAAUACAUACUACAUACAUUGCAUGUGGGUGUUCACGAUGUGGAAAGAGUGGGCAUAAAGCCAUGUGGAGGCACGUAAAUAAGCUUUACCUUGCCAUCACCUUUUCUCCAAUAAGGGGUAGAAGAGAAGGAUGUUCUUCCCAACCCAACCCGAUCGAGGAAGCUGCCUGCUGUUUCCACAUGGCUACCUUUUCCAAUAUCUUCUAAAUUUCUAAUACCCAUAUCGCAACCACUAUAACGGAUAAUAAUAUAUUAAUUAAAAGUGCACAAUUUCACCCGAUCUAGUUUUUUAAUUUUUUAAUUUUUAUGUUUUCAAUCCAGCAGGUCCACAUGUGUGCAUGUGAAAAUAGAAGACAGGAUAAAAAUAAAAUAUUAGUAUUUUCUGAGACAAAUAGCAGUUGAGGGGCUCAGACCCAUGAGUGAUGUGCAUUACUUUAUUCUAUUUCCUUCUCUUUUCUAUUAUUUUUUUUUCUUUUAAUAUAUAUUUUGAUAUGUGAACAUGACUCCCUUUUGACUUUUGAUGUUUUUAAGUUAUGGGUAGAUUUCAUGAUCUCCCUCUAAUACUUUCAUGUUCUGCUUUGUUUCUUUCUAUUUGGAGAAGAAAAAAGAAACCAUGGGAAAAGAGAAUUUGUUCUUUCAAAGGGAAAUUAACAAACAUUUGGUGUGGCCCAUAUCAAUGUAUCAUUUGAAAAGAAAAGAGUUUUGUCCUUGUUUUUAUUUUUAUUUUUUAAUGGUUUUCUUCACCUUAAUAACAUGGAAAGAUUCUUUGCUCUCAAUCAUAUAGCUGAUUAAGCUAUUAAGGCCAAUUAAGCAUUAAGUGGAUGAUGAGUAGUGUCCUAUCUUGGGUUUCUCUUAAAAUAUUUACAGGUGGAUGUGUACUUUUCCUUUCUUUCUUGUGGAAUAUAAAAGUUUUAAGAGAAAUAUUAUUUAUGGUUUCUUUUGUAUAAUCGAAAGAACUAAUUAUAAAUUCCCCUCAUCACAUGGGUCUGAUAUUGAUGUUAGGUUUAUGAUCACAUGGACAUCAAUUAUAUUCUGGCGCCUGUGUUUAAUCUUUACGCUUCAUGAUUAGGUGAUUGUGGGUCCACCUUAAGCAUCAUUUCUGAAUCUUUGUCAUACUUAGAAGUUACCCU